ACCCCUGGGCUCUGGGGGAAGCAGGCGGGCAGGGACCUGAGAGGCCGCAGCAGCUGGGCCUGGGAGCUCUCAGCUGCCUUCUGACUUCCUCAUGGGGGUGACGCCAAUUCCCACCAGCCGAGUGGCUGGAGCCCGGGUGCCAACCCAAGAGGGCACUGGGGGCCCGGCGGUUAAAGCUGGCUUCAAGCAGUUCAAGCUCCCUGCGCCCAAAGCAGGAGGGCUUUGAGACCGACAGAUGUACAGCAAUAGUGAUUCAUAUUAUCACGGCACAGGGCACUUUCCUGCUGAGCUCUGGGAUGCCAGCCCAGGGCAGAGAUGGCAGAGAGCGCGUGCUGCAAGCUCGUAGAUUAUUUGAACGAUCUAGAAGCGCGGGAAUUCAAGAUGUUCAAGUUUCACCUGGAGAACUAUCCGCUGGAAGACGGCUACAAGCGCAUCCCCCGCUCCAAGACAGAGGCGGCCGACACGAUGGACAUAGCUCGAGCCAUGGUCCAGGCUUACCAGGAGCCCAGGGCUCUGCAAAUGGCCGUGAAGAUAUUGGACGGCAUUAGCCGGAAGGAUCUGUCGCUAAGGAUCCAAAAUGACAUGCCGGAGGUUUUCCGUCAGACGCCAGAGCAGGCUGGCGCGAGAGAGGACAGCGAGAAGGACCAGCAGGAGGAGCUGAUCUCGGAUAUGUGCGAUCGAUUUUUCGGAACCAAGAAGAAAGUGGAGGUGAAGCUGGAUCCCAACACCGCUUUCCCCACUCUGCUGAUCUCCCAAGACCAGAAAAGCAUGAGGCUCGGAGACCGCCCCCAGUACCUUCCCAGCAACUCCGAGCGUUUUGAUUUCCGGCCCUGCGUGCUGGGUGCCCCGGGCAUCAAUAGGGGGCAGCUGGACUGGGUAGUGGAUGUGGGUUCCGGGAAAGGCUGGAUCGUCGGCGCCGCCCGGGAGUCGGUGGAGAGAAAGGGGAUUCUCUACAUAACGGCUGAGCGGGGGUUCUGGGGGCUGGAGUUUAACAAUGGGGAGUACCAGGCGCUCAGCACCCCUAAGACGACGCUUUUCUUACGGGCGUCUCUGCGCAGGAUCAAGGUGCAUCUAGACUACCUCCUUGGACAACUCUCCUUCUACAACAACGACACCAUGGAGCACAUCUUCACUUUCAACUACCCCUUCUCCGAGAAGAUGUUCCCCUUCUUCUUGACCUGGGACAUGGACGUCCCACUCCAACUCUGCCCAUGUGACUGAGAGCACCUCCCCACCUUACGUUUUGCAAGAGCAGGGAUGUUAUACCCCAGUGCCUGGCCAAAAUUCCAGCCCUGGGAAUGAGCCGCUGCCACCAGCCUAUGUAUGUCCACUUUCGCUUUCACGUCCUGUCCGGAUCGGGUGCGUAGCCUCCUCGACUGUCUCGCGUGACUUUGUCAGGUAAUAUUUUGUGUUUCUUGACGUCUCCAGCUCUGUUAGCCAAGUUUUUUUGGUGAGAAUCUGUGCUUUCAUUUAAAAAAAAAAGGAACUAGUUUUCUAACCCUUUGAGUUGCGGAGAAAACCUGUGAAAACCUGACCCGAGAAAGGUCAAAACCCAGAAGGCAAAUGUGGAAAAAAAACCUCCAAGGUUUAUUACUGUAUUUGUAAAAUCUUGUGAUUUUUUUUCAAGUCAUAGACUCAUAGACUCAUAGGUCAGAAGAGACCAAUAUGAUCAUCUAGUCUGACCUCCUGCACAAGGCAGGCCACAGAACCCUACCCAUCCACUUUUAUAACAAUCCCUAACCCAGGACUGAGUUAUUGAAAUCCUCAAAAUUGGUUUGAAGACCUCAAGCUGCAGAGAAUCCACCAGCAAGCGACCCAUGCCCCACGCUGCAGGGGAAGGCGAAAAACCUCCAGGGCCCCUGCCAAUCCGCCCUAGAGGAAAAUUCCUUCCCGACCCCAAAUAUGGCGAUCAGCUAAACCCUGAGCAUGUGGGCAAGACUCACCAGCCAGCACCCAAGAAGGAAUUCUCUGCAGUAACUCAGUUCCCAUCCCAUCCAACAUCUCCCCCAGACCAUUGAGCAAUCCAAUUCAGAGGGACUUUCAAGUCAGCAAACUCACCAGUACAGCAAGACUCACUGGGAUGGCGCCUCCUGCUGGUCAUAUUGGGAAUUAGCUCUUGUCCAGCCCAGAGCGCCCUCUGCAGGCUGGUGUCUCACCUGCCACUGGCCCCAUGUCUGUCUCGGACUCCGGGGCCCUUUACUUCGGGGUUCUGUCCCAGCAGUAUCCCCUCGUUCUGAGUCUCCUUUCCCAGAGGAACCCCCAACCUUCUAAACCCACCUUGCCUCAGUGGCUGCUGCCAGUCAUCAUCUAGCCCCUGCUCACUGGGGCAGACUGCAGUCUGUAAUGGCCACCCAUCAUUGGCAAGAGAAUUAAGACCUGCUGCCUUUGCCUAUUCCCAGGCUGUAUCUCUGCAGCCCUAGUACCUCUGUCGACCUUCAACAAGGCCCGCAGCCUGGGGUUUUACCAGGCUGGAGCUCCCUUGCUCCCUUGCCCUAUUCCUCAGCACUGCUCCAGUUCAGGUACCUUCCUCUCAGGCAGCUAGCCCUUCCGCCUCCAGGGCUGGAGAGAGACUCCUCCAUCUCCUGGCCUCCAGACCUCUUAUCAGGGCCAACUACCCACUCAGCUGUUUUCAUGGCUUUUCCCAGCCAUGAUGGCUUGCAGUCUUAAUGCAGCAUCUUCUACUAAACACCCAGGAGAUGACGAUGGCUAGCAGCCUUAAUGCAGCAUCUUCUGCUAAGCACCCAGGAGAUGACGAUGGCUUGCAGCCUUAAUGCAGCAUCUUCUGCUAAGCACCCAGGGAAUGACGAUGGCUAGCAGUCAUACUGCACCGUCUGCUGCCAGCCUAAGAUGUAAAGGAUAGAUGGAGUGGAUCGAAACAAGAAAUAGAGCAGAUUUGGUUUGUAUUCAUUUGCUCUCUCUUUCCUCCGUGAAAUAAACAGCCUGCUAAACCCA